UGAAUAGAUCGACUUGCUUUUAAACUCUUUUCAAGCUUUGAAAGCAGUGAUCGCACGUCGGCCCACCAUGUCUGCCGCCGGGUCUAUCACGGCUUCGGCCCCACACCGCCGGACUUGGUACCACACGACCUUAUUCAACGCAUUCGUGAUCGGUGGCGUAGGUUUCCUGGCACCUGGUCUAUGGAAUGCGAUGAACUCUCUGGGUGCCGGUGGUGCGCAAGAGCCUUACCUCGUCAAUGCGGCCAACGCUCUGGUUUUCGCAAUCAUGGGUUUUCUUUGCCUUUUUGGCGCCCCCAUCGCAAACCGCAUCGGACUGAACUGGACCUUGUUCUUUGGUGCUGUUGGCUAUCCGAUCUAUUCUGCUGGCUUGUACUGCAACAAUCGAUAUGGAAACGUCUGGUUGGUCCUUGUCGGCGCUGCGGCCUGUGGGUUCAGUGCCGGCUUGUUCUGGGCCAGCGAAGGUGCUGUUGCGCUCGGCUAUCCCGAGCCAGGAAAAAGGGGUCGAUAUAUGAACAUCUGGCUCUGGUUCCGCACCGGCGGUCCGCUCGUCGGCGGUGCAAUUGUGCUUGGCCUGAACCAUAGUUCCGGGCAGAAGACGAAGGGCAAGGUUGGCUAUGAGACGUAUCUGGUCUUCAUCGCUCUGCAGUGUAUUGCUGCACCGUUGGCAUUGGCUCUCUCGCCCCCGGAGAAGGUUCAGCGUUCUGACGGCAGCAAGGUUAUCAUCAAGACCGAGAAGACGUUCUCGGGCGAGUUCAGGGCGCUAUGGGAGGUAAGCAAGCGCAAGGAUAUCCUCUUGCUCUUGCCGAUUUUCUGGGCGGCGUACUUCAACCAGUAUACUGGUAAUUUCUCAACAUAUUACUUUGGCGUCCGGGCCCGCGCCCUCAUUGGCUUGGUCCAGAACUUCGGGACCCUGCUUUCAUCCCAGUUGAUUAGUACGCUACUAGACUAUAAGGGACUGUCGGUAAAGAAGCGUAUCGUUUACGGAUACUAUUAUGUCAUCGUCCUGCAUAUCAUUGCGUGGGUCUAUGGCUGGGUCAUUCAAGAAAAGUACACAAGGAACCCUCCGGCUUAUGACUGGGAAGACAGCGGUUUCGUUGAGGGUUUCUUCGUGUUGUUGCUGUGGGACUUUGCUCGACAAGCCCUGCAAAAUUGGCUGUACUAUCUGGUCGCGACCAAGACAGACAAUAUCUCAGAGUUGACGAGAUUCUCGGGAAUUCUUAGAGGCCAGGAAAGUUUCGCUCAGGCUGUAAGCUUUGGUCUGAACACAAAGAAGUGGGUUGGUGGUCGGGUACCUCUGGCAGUAACCACAAUCUUGCUCGGUAUCUCGGUGGUCCCAACCUGGCUAGUCGUAAGAGACCAUGUUCCAGUCGAAACACAACAGGAUAAGGCCAGUGAUAUUGAGAGCGAGCCACGAACAACAGAGCUUUUGGCCGCGGAUGAUAAGGCUAGAUACGCAAUUGGAAAGACUACCAUUGGCGCUGAUUCGACCAUGUAGAUUUCUUUAUGCUGUUCGUCAGGAUCACAAAACGCAGCAGUUAAUAGAUUCUAUUGGAGAUGAAACAAAGUAAUUAUAUAACUUCAGAGAAUUCAAUGACAG